CAACAGCAACAUCAGCAACAACAGCAACAGCUUCAUCAUCACCAUCAUCAUCAGCAACAACAACAACAGCAGCAACAACAACAACAGCAACGUCAGCAGCAGCAGCAACAUCCUCAGCAGCAAGCAGCGUCUAAUCAGCAGCUUCAACAGCACCAGCAACAACAACAACAACAGCAGCAGCCAAACAAAACAACGCAAAAGCAACAACAGCAACAGCAGCAACAAGAAGAAUACAUACAUAUAUAUAUUUACUUUGACCUCAUUAGCUAG